AUGGCAUCGCUGUCGGAAAAAGACGUCCGCACUGGCCAAGUUCAUGCCAAUGACUCUUCCGAGUUCAAGGGUAUCAACGAGAAGGCUCUCCUGCGCAAGUUAGAUUAUCGCUUACUACCGCCUCUGACAAUAUUGUACCUUUUGUCGUUUCUAGAUCGCAGUAAUGUGGGAAAUGCGCGUCUCGAAGGAAUGACAGACGACAUCAAUAUGUCGGAUAUAGCAGGAAACCAGUACCUGACAGGUCUGACAUUAUACUUCAUUGGUUAUGUCCUUUUUGAAAUUCCCUGCAACAUCGUGCUGAAGAAAACCACCCCUCGAAUAUGGCUACCCACUCUGACCCUCGUUUGGGGAAUAGUUGCUACACUGCUGGGUAUUGUACAAAACUAUUCGGGAUACCUGUCAUCUCGAUUCUUCUUGGGUGUUGCAGAGAGUGGUCUGUUCCCCGGCGUUGUGUUCUAUCUGUCGAUGUGGUAUAAGCGGAAUGAGCAACAUUACCGUGUAGCUCUGUUUUUCAGUGCUGCCUCGCUUGCUGGAGCGUUUGGUGGAAUUCUGGCUUGGGCAAUCUCACAUAUGGACGGCGUGGGUAGCUUAAGGGGUUGGAGGUGGAUCUUCAUACUUGAAGGACUCUUGACAGUUCUCGUUUCAAUCAUCGCCUACUUCUGGGUGUACAAUUACCCAGCAACCGCAGAGUUCUUGUCCAAAGAGGAACGAGAAUUCAUCCAAUUUCGUUUGAAGAAUGACAACGACGCUACCCGCGAUGAAGAUUUCUCUUGGUCCGCUGUACAAGACGCAUUCAAAGAUCCGAAGGUCUGGCUGUAUGGUCUCGGGUUCCACACCAUGUCUCUGCCACUAUACACCCUGUCCCUCUUCCUUCCAACCAUCAUCAAAGAACUUGGAUACUCGGCCGCGAAGGCGCAGCUUCUCUCUGUGCCACCAUAUGCAGUCGCAUUCUUCCUGACUAUUGGUGUCGCAGUUGCGUCUGAGAAAACUCGCAGUCGUGCACCUUUCAUCAUGGGCUCAUCUGCUGUCGGAUGCAUCGGGUAUAUAUUGCUUCUCUCGCAACAUCGCCCUGGUGUGUCUUACGUCGGAACGAUUUUCGCCGCGGCCGGUAUCUACCCAGCUGUCGCCAUCGUGUUAUCCUGGCCAGCCAAUAACGUUUCGGGCCAGACAAAGCGUUGUAUUGCAAACGCGAUGCAAAUUUCCAUCGGAAACCUUGGCGCUGUACUCGGAACACAGCUAUACCGCACUGAAAGUGCCCCGAGGUAUUUCCUGGGUCAUGGAUUUGCCCUGGGCUACCUGGUAGCUAACAUUGCGGUCGUUGGCGUCCUGUGGCAAGUUCUCAAGAGGGAGAACUCUGAGAAAGAGCGAAUCCGAGAUACCCAAGGCCUGUCGCCAUUGAUGGGAGACGUGGGUGAUGCGGAGGGGGAGUUCCAAGGUGAUAAGGAUCCCCGAUGGGUGUUCCAGACAUGA